GCGGCAGGAGCGCACACCCGCGCACGAGGACUCGGGGCGACGGGGGAGAGGAGGAUGGCGAAUGGCCUCGUUGCGCCCGUUGCGGUGGCGGCCGAAGAGGUCGAGAGCGUUACGAGCGCAGCGAGAGCCACCGCCGAGAGGGAGAAAUUUGGUCGGCACUGUCGGCAGUGCAGGCAGUACGGCGGCCGAGUGUGGCCACGCCGGGGGCCCGCUUUUUCCAAUACUACACACACGUAUUUUCUUCCUUUCCAUCGCCGUUGCCGUUACGUUUUUAUUCGCAUACGCGCUUUCUCCGAAAAAGCAACAGACGCGCUUUCGAUCACGAGGUUGGAUGGUGAAUACAUCGAAUCGCUCGUUCCGUCGUUCUCUGCUCCCUGGCACACGCGCAACAAGGAAAAAAGGAAAAACAUCGUUGGACCUCGCUCGGUAAUAAACGCUCGUCGUCGCGCGUCGUAAACAUCACGAAAGAAGGAGAGGAGAACCUCUGGCCAUGCUCCUCCGAUGUUCGAUAUCCCUCGCCCCUCUUCCCUCGCAACAAUCGCGCUCUUGUGCCGCAUCGACAUCAUCAACGUGUCCAAGUCGAACGGAGACGACAUCCGCGGACGAACGCGUCAAGAUUGGAAAAUGGUGGAAAUGAAGAUGACGGCUGGAACGUGUCCUCGCUAACAAAGAGUAACCUUUGAGGAGACUCUCGACGAUAAAUAGAGAGACUUGAUCGACUUUGAUUAUCAGAAUGGUGCUAGUGGUAAACGGGGUCCUGCAGGAGGAAGCCCCGGCCGAUAGUAGGUCGCUGUAUUCGGCGCAUCCGGUAUAUCGGGAAACGGCGGCGCAACUGCAUUCUAUGCCCGCAAAAUUGGUCGGUCCCGUGGGACUUUUGUACGUUCUUCAGCGAGAAAUGGCUGCCACUCUGCCUCACGACAAGAACGUAAGCAUCCUCGGCUCGGACGACAUGACCACGUGCAUCAUUGUUGUCGUCAGGCAUUCCGGUUCGGGUGCGGUAGCGUUGGCACAUCUGGACGGUGCGGGAACGGAGGACGCGGCAACGGCGAUGCUUCAGAGGGUUACCGAACUCGCUCUCGGCUAUCCCGAGGGACGUAUAGAGCUUCAGCUAGUCGGUGGUUACUCGGAUCCUAGGAAUUAUUCCGAGGAACUAUUUUACAAUAUUCUCUCUGCAUUUCACAAGCAACCGGUCGAAAUAGAUCUGACACUGUGCUGUAUCGGAGAGUUGAACAUGACCGUGAGGGGAGGUAUUCGUUGGCCCGUUAUUUAUGGUAUCGGGCUGAAUGUCAAAACGGGGGAAAUAUUUCCAGCAACUUUUCCCGACAAAGGUCCCGAUCUCGCUCUACGGUCGGCGAGACAUUUGACCGGUGGUCAGCAAGUACUCGACGUUUACGAUUGCACCCUCGGACUUUUGCGAAUCGGCCCGUUCAAUUAUGAUCCACUCAGGGGAAUCGAUCUCUGGCUCGCUCAGUCGGACCAAUUUAUACUCCAACAUCUUUCGACGUCCCCCGAUGUUGAACCACCGCACUUUGUAUCUCGAAUACGAGCCGCGCUCAAAUACAUUCAGGACAAUCAAUUUCCGGCCGUUACCGUUUUUCGGGACAACAGGCCUCACUACUAUCGGCGAGACGAGGCAACGGGUGUUUGGCAACCCAUACGAUAUUGAUAACCGCGUUGCGUCGUAGUCGGGCAAUUAAGGAGAAUCACCUAUUUGCCACGCAUCCGAUCAUCCGCCAUGGACGAAUGUCUUUUCGUUUUCGUUUUCAUUAUUAUUAUUAUUAUUAUUAUUAUUAUUAUUAUUAUUAUUAUUAUUAUUAUUAUUAUUUUCUAUACAUACGUUCUAUUUAGGUAUGGCGUUGAAUUUUGUCGUGGUCCAGGCAUCGGCGGUGGUGGCGGCGCGUGCGAUGAUGUACAUAAUUGUUUUUCUUUUUGCAAUGCUCGCGUCACGCGCUCAUCUCGAAUUUUUAAGAGAAAAAACACAAUGAUGGUGUAAAAUUCCAAAAAUACAAAAGUUAUUGGGAAUGGAGGGCGAGAGCUUUCGCUAAUUAGCUACUGCAGCGACACCGGUAACGGCGACGGCGGCGGCGGCGGCUGGGCUAACAUCGAGAGUAUAAUUAAUAAGCGCAACUGUAAAAGAUGAAUAGUUACUACGGUACGGAGAGAUAUAUUUUUACUAUUGUAUUAAAAAGAGUCGACAGAAGAUCGGGAACGAUCGCAGGCGUCACCGCGCAAUUGGAUCUUGUUCAAUCGGAACUUGAAGAAUUUUCAAUAAAGAGAAAAAAGGAGAAUUGAAAAAA